UUUAUCCAAAACUCAUCGUUCGUUUCCCUGCUUCCUCUCGCUCUCUCAAUUUCUCUGACAAUGGCGUCUUCAAUGUUACCGUGUUAUCAAGUUAAUUCUUCGCUUCCACUAAGGACUAGCAACAAUAAUGCAAAUCUCUCCUCCUCCCUUCUCGCUUCGCCUAUCAACAUAUCUUCGAGCCGAAGCAUUUCUCCCCGAUUCCUCACUAACAAGCAUUCUCUGCUUCUCUCUUCAACUCAACGACGCCUCUCCGUUAUUGCGAUGGCUCCUCCGAAACCAGGAGGGAAAUCAAAGAAAGUGGUUGCAGUGAUAAAGCUGGCACUGGAGGCAGGGAAGGCGACUCCGGCGCCGCCUGUGGGACCGGCGCUCGGUGCAAAGGGUGUGAACAUUAUGGCUUUCUGUAAGGAUUACAAUGCCAGAACUGCUGACAAAGCUGGUUAUGUUAUUCCUGUUGAAAUCACCGUAUUCGAUGAUAAAAGUUUCACUUUCGUUCUCAAGACGCCACCUGCCUCCGUUCUGCUACUUAAAGCCGCAGGAGUGGAAAAAGGCUCUAAAGACCCAAAGCUAGAAAAGGUGGGGAAAGUCACCCUCGAGCAACUUCGGACAAUCGCCGCUGAAAAGCUGCCGGAUCUAAAUUGCACAACCAUUGAAUCAGCAAUGAGAAUUAUAGCAGGCACUGCAGCAAAUAUGGGGAUUGACAUUGAUCCUCCUGUUCUUGAGCCCAAAACGAAGCUUGUGUAGAUCCCUGUCGGUACAUCUUUUCUUAGAUUUUGCUAUUAUUGUAUUUGAAAUCAAUGUUGUUAUUAGUAAAUUAAAUUCAUCAUAUGGAGCUCUUUAGCUCCUUGUCUUGGCUUUCAAAAUUUUACAAGGUGCUUCAUGGUUAAA